GGUGAAUCUCGUCUGUGAUUGGACGGUCGUUCCGCAGAAGUCCUGAGGGCUGCGGUAAUGACAAGUAUGUCUGCUUUCCUGUACCCAUCCAUCCGUCUUGUAACGCUUUAUCCUCCACAUGAGGGUCGUGGGGGGUGCUGUGAACAAUCUCAGCUGACCUGGGGCGAAAGGCGGAGUCACACCCUGGACAGAGCGCCAGUCCAUAGGAGUUACGAUGACUGACCGCCGGCUAUCAGCACAGAGGAGGGCGCUGAGGGACAUUGCUCUGGACCAAAGCCUACAGAAGACCAGCACCUACAUCGUGCCCUGCUUCCUCUUUGUGGAGCUGGUGAUCAUGGCAGGGACUGUUCUUUUGGCGUACUACUUUGAAUACACGGACACGUUCCCCGUGCACAUCCAGGGCUUCUUCUGUUUCGACAAAGCUUACUCCAAGCCGUACCCAGGACCGGAGGACAACAGCAAAGCACCGCCCGUCCUCGUCUACUCUCUCGUCACUGCAAUCCCCACUGUGACGAUUCUGAUCGGGGAAGUGACCAGUUUCUUUGUGAAGACAGAAGGAGCUCAGGAGAAGACCAUCGUGACUGCUGACUGCUGCUAUUUCAACCCUCUCCUCCGUAGGAUUGUGCGGUUUCUGGGCGUCUACUCUUUCGGCCUCUUCACCACCACCAUCUUUGCCAAUGCUGGCCAAGUCGUAACAGGAAACCAGACACCUCAUUUCCUGUCUGCCUGCAGACCAAACUACACAGCUCUGGGGUGCCAGUCUCCCCUGCAGUACAUUGCAGAGCACCGAGCCUGCACAGGAAACCCAUACUUGGUGGCGUCCGCGCGCAAAUCCUUCCCCUCCAAAGACGCAGCGCUCAGCUUUUAUUCAGCCAUCUACACAGUGAUGUAUGUGACCCUGGUGUUCCGGACCAAAGGGACCCGUCUGACCAAGCCCACCCUGUGCCUGGUGCUGCUGUCUCUGGCAGUGCUGGUGGGAGUGGUGAGGGUGACUGAACACAGAAACCACUGGAACGAUGUCCUGGCUGGGUUUGUCACCGGAGGGGCCAUUGCUGCCUUCCUGGUGUCGUGCGUGAUCAACAAUUUCAAGCCAACCCAGAUAGCAGAGCCGACACCUCCUACUCCACAGCACGCAGAGCCGUCCGUCAGCCUCCCACUACUCAGCCUGCCCCGCGUGGAGAGUCCACUCGAAAAGCUCCAGGGCUACCGUAUUCUGAGAUCACAUGACCAUCAGCCAAUACCGGCCCCCACCCCACCCGAUGUGCUCCUCCCGUCGCGGCGUUGCCUCACCAGCGCAGUCUAGACCUGCCCGCUGAAUGUCCCCCGUCCUGCCUCGCUCACCCCUCAGAAAGACGACACCCUCUCCGUCGAGUCAAGUCAACCCAGGUGUGAAAGUCCAUCAAUCACAGGGAACAGGACAGAGGCGUGUGCACAAGCUGGUGAGCCUGAAUGAAACCUGUCCCCAUCAGGACCAGUAUAAGAUGGCGGAGACCUGUCCUUUUGUCCUUUUUGUCCUCUGUGUAAAAGACCUAUUAUAAAAGACUUGCCAAAACCAGAGGUGUUGAAGCAAUACUGUGCCCUUCUUCCUUGUCCUUUGGCCUCAACAGUGACUUUAAAGACUGUUGGCUUCUGAUGACUUGAUAAAACAUUUGAUCAAAAAAACUCCAGUAGAGCUGAGAGUUUCGGGGAUGGGGUAAAAAAAAAAAAAAUGUCCCUCGUCCCCAGAAGACCAUUUUCUAACACUCAGGACAAUGAAAUGGAAAAACAAAAAGUUUCAAAAUGAAGAGCUCAAUCUCAUCAGAAAUGCAGGCACGGAACGUUGUCUGUCCAAAAGGAAAGCACUUUUGUAAAUUAUAGCACAGAUGAACCCAUUUCAGUAAACUGUGUUGUAUCUUAAUUGUUGGUGGGGAGGUGCUGGUUUGAUUCCUUGCUGUAUAUUGUGAUAAAGUGAUAGCAAGGAGAUUGAAACACACCAGCGUUGUGUUUGUGAUAGCACCAUUUGUGUUGCAGCAUCGGUGAGUUGAUCCCUGUAGAGAAGUGAGCAGAUCUCCACCAACCUUGCCAACAUUUUUAAUACUUAACAAUUCAGGUGUGUGUGUGUGUGUGUGUGUGUUAAAUCAAUCUUUAGGCUGUGUGUCUAUACUGUGAAGUAUUUUUUAUAAUUUGACUUACUGCUUUUCUCAUGUGGACUUCUUUUUCAGUGUCACUUUGCAUAAAAAGCACCUUUAAUUCUUCUUCUCUUUUUCUUUCACCUAUAAGUAAAGGACACCUGGAAUUGUGUUUCCAAAAUAAAUAUUGUAUAAGAUAUCAGUUUUCACGUUUUUUCCUUUAGUUUGCCCCUGCUGUCUCACACUGACUCUCAUUAAUCCAAUGGCACAGACUGGUCGUGUGACACAGAGGUGACCCCUCUGAGUUUUGUAGACUUUUGUACAGUAAAUAGGGUUCUUUACACAGUAUACUGUAUACCACAUUAUAUUAUGUUUAAAUGGCGUGAACAAAGUGAAGCUGUCCUGUAGGAACAUGAGUAACAGCCUGAUCUAAAGCAGUAAUGUAGCACAGUGGAGACGAGUGUGUGAAAUCUUAACGGCAUGCUGGUUCUCAACAUGAUUUGGUACCUGCUCAGGUCAAAGAGGACACUGCAGGCAGAUUGCACUUGUAGGUGAGUGUGCAGAGGGUUCUAAAAAGAUGACAAAACUGUUUUUUAUCAAGCGUGUUUGUGUGUGUGUGUGUGUGUGUGCGUGCGUGUUCACUGGGACCGCUAUGUAUUUCUUACAUACCGCAAUUGUGUGGCAGCGUUCACUGUUGAUUCUGUUUAUCCCCUUUUCUUAAGUGAAGCCGCUGCUAUAAUCACACACCUGUGCUCCUGUGUAUCUGCAAAGGACCACUGCUAACUAAGGCACCCCCCAACAGUGGCCAUUAUAGCAGAAGGUGCUCAUUACAGCGCUGACGUUACCUACGGUAAAACUUUUCAGCCCUUUUUUUUGUAAACAACUGAAGAGAUGAAGAACACCGUGACUGUCCAAAAUGAUGUUAUUUUCACGUUCUUUGCUUUGUAUUUAUUUACCAGAAAAUAAAUUGCAAUGACAACAUAGA